CACAGCGAGCUGAUAAAAGAACACUGAGUCAUUGUUCGCGGGGACAAACAUGGACUCUGUGCUGGACCCUUUCUCUGCGCUCGACUCUUUCUCCUCCCCUCCUUACUUCGACGAUGACGAGUUUUUCACCGACCAGUCCUCGAGAGACGGACACUUGGACACUGAUGACUUCUUGGAUGACGACGUGGACUUCCUCGCAAGUCAUUUCCAAGACUAUUACAGCAAAGAGGGCUCGGGCAGAGCAGCGCCUCACGAUGGAGACUACGACAUCGGCAACCUGUCCUUCUCCUCCUCGUCCUCCACCUUCUCGUACGGCUGCGCGGACAGCACCCCGGACCUGUCCCCGCAGAUGGGACACCAUCACGGCGGGCCGCUGCUGAAACGCAGGAGGCGGAUGCGGUCAGACAUGGAGAUGCAGCAGCUGAGACAGGCCGCCAACGUCCGCGAGCGGCGGAGGAUGCAGUCCAUCAAUGACGCAUUCGAGGGGCUGCGCUCCCACAUCCCGACCCUGCCCUACGAGAAGAGACUGUCCAAGGUGGACACGCUGCGGCUCGCCAUCGGCUACAUCAACUUCCUCGCCGAGCUCGUGCAGUCCGAUCUGCCCAUCAGAAACUCCAACAGCGAGACGCACGCGCAGCCCAAGAAGGUCAUUAUCUGUCAUAGAGGAACAAGGUCUCCCUCUCCUAGCGAUCCGGACUACGGCCUGCCACCCCUGGCCGGUCACUCUCUGUCCUGGUCGGAUGAGAAGCAGCUCCGGGAGCAGAAUAUCAUCCGCACCGCGAAGGUGUGGACCCCGGAGGACCCCAGAAAACUGCACAACAAAGCGGGCCUCACAGACAUUGAAAACGAGCCUCCGUUCGGCCUGGUGGCCUGAACCCGAACCCCU